CAACGCUGAUGUGCAUUGGAGCAUUGUGGCAAAGUUUGUUAGAAUGGGUUUCUUGCAAGGUGUUUUAGUGUUGGUUGUGAUUGUGGCUUUUGAUCUGAAGAGUGCCUGGGGAAGUUUGAAACACCGUCAAAGUUCAAGCAGCAUGAAGCCACAAUCAGCUCCAGCUUCCAGAGGUCAUGCUCUUUCUUCUCAAGGGUUCUUGAAUCCUUUCCAAAAGGAUUAUCAGUUUCCGGUUCUUGACUCCAGAAGAUUUGCGCAAGAGCCUCUUGGUCUUCAGGAGAAGCAGCUGAUGCAGGGUCCAGUCAAGCCUUUGGACUGGAAGUUUCCAGUUGUCCCAGAAGUGCAACGUGAGUUGGCGGCGAACUUCCAGUUGAGGCAACCUGUGACUCCCAGUAGUGUGGCUGUUCAAUGCAGUGAGAACCGGGUUCAUGUGGAGGUGAAGAAGGAUAUGUUCAGCAAUGGUCAGCUGAUCCAGCCAAGUGGUUUGUCUAUGGGAGGCUGUCCUGUUGUUGGUGAGGACUCUGCCUCUGGGGUGCUCAUCUUUGAAUAUGCACUGCAGGACUGCAAUAGUGUGUUGAUGAUGACCGAGGAUGAGCUCGUCUACACUUAUGCGGUUACCUACACUCCUGUGGCAUUUGUUGGCACGCCGAUUACCCGUACUGAGGGUGCAGUUGUUGGCGUUCAAUGCCACUAUCAAAGGCUCCAUAAUGUGAGCAGUAAUGCUCUGAGGCCAACUUGGGUUCCUUAUGCUUCAACGGAGGUUGGCGAGGAUGUCUUGGUGUUCUCCAUGAGCCUCAUGAUUGAUGACUGGUCCUUUCAGAGGCCUUCAAAUAUAUACUACUUGGGUGACACUAUCAAUAUUGAGGCAUCUGUGAAGGUGUACAACCAUGUCCCACUGCGUGUGUUUGUGGACAGCUGUGUGGCCACCCAAGUACCUGAUGUGACUUCUGUUCCAAGAUAUUCCUUCAUUGAGAAUCAUGGGUGCCUUGUGGAUGCCAAGGCUACGGCUUCCAGCUCCCACUUCUUGCCUCGAACCCAGGAAGACAAGAUCCGGUUCCAGCUGGAGGCUUUCAUGUUCCAGGGAGGAUCCAGUCCUUCUAUUUACAUGACGUGUACUGUGAAGGCCACUCUUGCUUCUGCACCCAGUGACGCUCUCCACAAAUCUUGUUCCUUUUCCAAUGGGUGGCUUGCUGCUGAUGGGAACCACCAGGUUUGUGCUUGCUGUGACUCAACAUGUGGUCCUGCUGGGGGAAGUGAUGUUCCUAUUGGGGGUGUUCAGUGGGAAGGCAAGGCCUCACUCGGUCCUGUAAUGGUCCAAGGGCGACAGAAGACUUUAGCUGGACUUUAAUAAAUGGGGAAAACCUUAUUGCUGGCUUCCAAUAAAUGGGAUAAACUUUA